UUAACGCACUAAUGCAAGACCAGUUGUCUUGACAAACAUUAUCGUAAGUAAAACAACUCUGCAUUUACGGGUUCGGCCGAUCCAACACUACUCAUUUGUAUCACAUAAAAAAAUGAGUUAAAUGGUAACUUGUUCACACUGCUUUUGCCAGCCAGAUGCAGUUCAAUUGUGUGACACCAGAUGUCCUUACAAUACGGUUACGCUGUUAUUGCAAUGCGAACUAAUGUCACAUCAGAUUGACCCUCUGGUCAGUAUUUCCCGAGGAAUAGUCGAUGUACUGCAUGUAUAUAGAAGUACAAUAGUAUGUGGACAGUAUGUGGUUAAAUUAGUGUAUUUGGCUAUUUCAGCCACACCCGUUGCUGACUGUUGUAUAAAAUCGAGCACACAGCCAUGUAAUCUCCAUAGACAAAACAUUGGCAGUAGAAUGGCCUUCCUGAAGAGCUCAGUGACAUUCAACGUGGCACUGUCAUAGGAUGCCACCUUUUCAACCUGCUAGAGCUGCCCUGGUCAAUUGUAAGUGCUGUUAUUGUGAAGUGGAAAUGUCUAGGAGCAACAUUGGCUCAGCGCGAAGUGGUAGGCCACAUAAACUCACAGAAUUCUUCUGUCCUCGGUUGCAACAUUGACUACCAAGUUUCAAACUCCCUCUGGAAGCAAAGUCAGCACAAUAACUGUUUGUCGGGAGAUACAUGAAAUGGGUUUCCAUGGCCGAGCAGCCGCACACAAGCCUAAGAUCACCAUGCACAAUGCCAAGCAUCAGCUGGAGGGGUGUAAAAGCUUGCCAACAUUGGACUCUGGAGCAGUGGAAAUGCGUUCUCUGGAGUGAUGAAUCACAUUUCAUAAUCUGCCAGUCCAACGGAUUAAUCUGGGUUUUGCGGAUGUAAGGAGAACAGGAGAACGCUACCAGCCAUAAUCCAUAGUGCCAACUGUAAAGUUGGGUGGAGGAGGAAUAUUGGUCUGGGUCUGUAUUUCAUGGUUCGAGUUAGGCCCCUUAGUUCCAGUAAAGGGAAAUCUUAACGCUACAGCAUACAAUGACAUUCUAGACGAUUCUGUGCUUCCAACCUCGUGGAAACAGUUUGGAGAAGGCCCUUUCCUGUUUCAGUAUGGGAAUGCCCCCAUGCACAAAGCGAGGUCCAUACAGGAAUGGUUUGUGGAGAUCGGUGUGGAAGAACUUGACUGGCCUGCACAGAGCCCUGACCUCAACCCCAUCGAAUACCUUUGAGAUUAAUUUGAAUGCAGACUCCCAACAUCAGUGCCCAACCUCACUAAUGCUCUUGUGACUGAAUGGAAGCAGGUCCCCACAGCAGUGUUCCAACAUCUAGUGGAAAGCUUUCAAAUAAGUGUGGAGGCUGUUAUAGCAGCAAAGGGGGGACAAACUCCAUAUUAUUGUCCAUGAUUUUGAAACGAGAUGUUCGGCAAGCAGGUGUCCACAUACUUUUGGUCAUGUAGUGUAUAUAAUUCAUCAUUGGUUUUUAAAUGUUGAAGUGUGAGGGAUGUCAUGUGUUUGUUUCUGCAAUGGGCAGGGACCAAUGUCACACAUAAUAGAGAUUGUUUGAACUUGCACUCACGACGUGCACACACACGACAGCUGUAGAGCACAUCAGACUAACUGAGAAUAUUCUGUGCAAUAGUUGUGCAAAACUUGAGACUUCUGUGUUAUCAGGAGUGUGCUGCCCCAAUCAAUCCAUCACAUUUAUUUUAUAAAGCACUUUUUACAUCCGCAGUUAUCACAAAGUGCUUAUACAGAUACCGAGACUAAAACAAGAUCAAGCAAUGUGGAAGCACAGUGGAAAAAAACUCCCUAAAAAGGCAGGAACCUAGGAAGAAACCUAGAGAGGAACCAGGCUCUGAGGGGUGGCCAGUCCUUAUCUGGCUGUGCUGAUGGAGAUUAUAGCGUACAUGGCCAUUAGCCUCCAGUAUUUAUGCUGCAGUAGUUUAUGUGUCGGGGGGCUGGGGUCAGUUUGUUAUAUCUGGAGAACUUCUCAGCCUCCAGUAUUUAUGCUGCAGUAGUUUAUGUGUCGGGGGGCUGGGGUCAGUUUGUUAUAUCUGGAGUACUUCUCCUGUCCAAUUCGGUGUCCUGUGUGAAUCUAAGUGUGCGUUCUCUAAUUCUCUCCUUCUCUCUCUCGGAGGACCUGAGCCCUAGGACCAUGCCCCAGGACUACCUGACAUGAUGACUCCUUGCUGUCCCUAGUCCACCUGGCCGUGCAGCUGCUCCAGUUUCAACUGUUCUACCUUAUUAUUAUUCGACCAUGCUGGUCAUUUAUGAACAUUUGAACAUCUUGGCCAUGUUCUGUUAUAAUCUCCACCCGGCACAGCCGGAAGAGGACUGGCCACCCCACAUAUGCUCUCUCUAAUUCUCUUUCUUUCUCUCUCUCGGAGGACCUGAGCCCUAGGACCAUGCCCCAGGACUACCUGACAUGAUGACUCCUUGAUGUCCCCAGUCCACCUGGCCGUGCUGCUGCUCCAGUUUCAACUGUUCUGCCUUAUUAUUAUUCGACCAUGCUGGUCAUUUAUGAACAUUUGAACAUCUUGGCCAUGUUCUGUUAUAAUCUCUACCCGGCACAGCCAGAAGAGGACUGGCCACCCCACAUAGCCUGGUUCCUCUCUAGGUUUCUUCCUAGGUUUUGGCCUUUCUAGGGGGUUUUCCUAACCCACCGUGCUUCUACACCUGCAUUGCUUGCUGUUUGGGGUUUUAGGCUGGGUUUCUGUACAACACUUUGAGAUAUCAGCUGAUGUACGAAGGGCUAUAUAAAUAAAUUUGAUUUGAUUUGAUUAAGGCCAGAUUGUUCUACAAGAUGUUGAAAUGUUCAUAGAUGGCCAGCAUAGUCAAAUAAUAAUCACAGUGGUUAUAGAGCGUGUAACAGACACCUAGGGCUGCUAACCUAGUAUCACAGUCUACUAUCACAGAGAAACGUGUUAACCGGGUAUUUAGAGUAAACAAUGUUUUUUUUGCAUUUUAGUAUUUCUCCUCCUUUCUCCUGUAUUUGUGUGUCCCAUAAAGAAAUAACUUCAAUGGCCCCAUAUUCUGGAAUCUCCAGGUUAUGUAAGGAUGCAUUUCCCACUCUGGCCUUUUCUAAAAAUCUCCAAACCUGUAUGAGUCAUGGUUCAUUGACAGGCAAAAGAAAGCCAUGCACGGCAUUCCUGUCACAUGCCGUGGGGCUUUUCGUUGUGCAGGCUAAGGACAGGUGCGGCUCAUUCACUAUGGAUCCUUGGAAUGGAACUUUGAGUAACGACCAGAUCACUGGUCUCUCGACUGUGUACCUAGUAUCUCUGUCUUUAAGCUUGAUUGGGAGUUUUUCAGUGCUGGUGGUUUCCAUCGCAAGGAGGAGGCACUUACAAGAACAGGUGAAUCCCCUGGUCCAGCUGGCUGUAGCUGAUCUGUUGGCAGCAGCCACCUUGAUGUUCACCAACGCAAUGAAUGAGACCGACAGCUUCACCGACAGUGUGCUAAUCUGUAAACACCUACUGCCUCUGUCACUGACAUUUUACUGUGUGUCGUUUCUGCUGGUGAUAGUGUAUGCCUGGGAGUCAAAGCAAGCUGUCGAGAGAUGGAGGGAGAGACCAAGAGAGGAAGAGUCCCAGUGUAGACGAAGGGUGGUGGUUUUGCCUGUAAAUACACUUGUGUGGUUUACACCGUUGGUGAUGUACUUUGCGUACACAAUGUCUUUAGUCCUGACCACAGCGGACUUGGUACCAGCCGCACACGGGACAGCAAACAACAGUGAAGUUAGCACAUACUGCACCAGCUGUAUCCUCUUCUUGCACGUCUGGAGUGACCACUGCUCAGAUAUUGAACAGAUCCAUGACAUGAUCAUGCGAUGCUUCCUCUUCUUCAGUGUGAUACUAGUGUUGGUGUGCUGCACAGUGGUUUACUACAAGGUGGACAGCUUGUAUCGCAGGUACGAGGAGGGACUAUUUCCUGUGGAGGGAGAUGCACGUUCAAGGAAAAGACUGAGGGGUGUGUUCUCCACUGUUCGCUACAUGAUUGUGGUUAUCAUCUUCUGCUGGACGCCAGCUCUUCUUCUGGUUGUCCUGUCUGUGAUGCCAGACAUACCUGAAGAGAAGCUCUUCCCCCUCUAUGUUAUACAGGCGGUGACGGUGUCGCUGCAGGGCUGUCUGAACAGUGUAGUCUACGCCUGGAGACGACCAAACUUCAGAGAUGCUGUGCUUGGAGAGAGGAUGCCCCUGCUCAGCCAAGACGCCCCCCUGUCCUUCUUCGAUGAAUCACUGAGGGGGCCGCCAGAGUGACGGAAGAGGAAGCGAGACAUUCCACUCGCUAGUUUUUUCUGGUUCAUAUACAGUCAAUAAACUUAACAGACCAAACCCAGCUACUAAUGCAAUGGUGCUAUGGGAGAGCCACCCCCUUAAGGAGAAAGGGACUGACCAUUGGUCAAUGGUAAACGGCCUGAGUGGGACAUCUCAUCUAUCCACCAUUUUUGGGGCGCCCUUGAAGCCUGACCUCGAGCCCUUAACCCCGACUCGAGAGAUGCUGCUGGUGGAAUUCUCCUUCUGGCCCAGAUCUAGAAAGAGUUUUCCCUGCUCAAGUACUAACCUUCACCAUUGAGGAAAGCGAUUCAACACUGGCCUUAGAUCCGUUUCUAGGGAGAACUUCAUUCCUCUGGAGCCAAGACAAUGGAGUUUACGAUGUACUUAUUUUACUGUUAUUUAUUCUGAAAAGAAUCUUCAAUGCUUUCCUAUUCCUUUUUUAGUACCGUGUUCUUUCUGUUAGAAGGGUUGAUAAGGUGAUUAUUAUGAUGAGUUGUAGAGCCAGGUGGGCCAGAGAAUAAUAGAAGUCAACAGGAUAUGACAAUGAUUCUCAUUUGAUUAAUUCAUUGAUUAAUAUGGUUUACAAAGCACUUCCUUAAGGGUUGGGGGAUGGGCACCUUUCCCAAUUUCCAAUAGAUAGCUAGAGUUACUACGGCAGGAAUUGUCUACAACAUAGCAAACAAUGUAACUAGCAAGCAUAGCAAGUUAUCAUUUGUACACAUUCACAGGCUUUUGUAUCAGGUUGUAAGUCACUCUGGAUAAGAACAUCUAAUAAAUGACAAACAUGUCAAUGUAAAUAUAGUAUCACCCUGAACAAACUGAAGAAAGACCAGGGGUAUGUUUUUUAUUCUAUCAUUUGACAUCAAUGAUGCCUUGAUUUUGGGGGGGCAUUUAGCACAUUUCAGGUCUGCUGAGCGCAAACUUGAAUGUUGUGAAAAUUCUGUGCAUCUUCCAGCAUGCAUUUAGGGUGAACACUGAGGCUGUACUCGCUUUAAGUUACAGUUUUAACAGUGGCCAAGGAGGCUCCUGUUGCUAUUUGAUCAUAAUAUAGGCCUACCAGAGUGGCCUACCAUGAAAAACAAUGGAGAAAAUGCAUCCCAUAAUGCAUGGAAAUAGCUGCUCUAUCAUUCAGCCUACAGUAGCAGCCAAUGUGUGGUUCUCAGCGUAGGCCUACAUUCCGUGAGACUUUUGAAAAAAACAUGCAGGGCUUGACAUUAACCUGUUUAUCCACUUGUCCUUCAGACAAGGUGACUGAAAAUGUUGUUGUGUUGUUUAAUUCAAGAAACCAAAUCAAAUGCAUUAUUAUUCUUAUACCAUUAUUACAGAGAAUCAGACAAAUUGUGCUACCCUCUGCCUAUUGGCUACUACGCUUAUUCAUGCCUGUCUCAAAUUACAACACUGCCCCUUUAAGACAAAAAAGCUCUUUAUUUGACUAGCUUUUCAGAGAUGUCUAGAAAUGUUGACAUGUUGUGCUCUUGUAGGAAGGAAUCACUCUCCUAUUGCUGACUGCACAUUAUCUAUAACUGGGCUAAUAACUCAAAUCGUCACAAUUGCCACAGUAAAGGGAAACGUUGAUAGUGUUAACUAACAGGGAAAACGUUACAAAGUUGAGUGAAGUUCAAUCUCCUGCUUCUCUCUGUGGGCUGAUAUUUCUUCUGUGCUCUGCAAGGCAGUCCUGGGGGAGCUGCGGGGCAGUGUCAAGCUACUGCGCGCAGUUUAAAGGGAAUACUGUUUGACAUGUGUAUAAAAGUAGAAAAAUACAAAUGUGAGUCAUUUUGCAUUUAUUUGUUGACCAGUACUUUAUUCUAUUUUGGCAAGUAUACCUUCUUUUGUGGUCAGUAAAAUCCCAGGAGAACUUUUCAUAACAUGUUGUUAUGAUGUUUUAUCUGUACAAUAACUACAUUCUUACCCAGUCCCAUUCUAGUGAUCUUCUCCUCAUCUCUUUUAUGGUAAGCUAAGGAAAAAAAUUGUUUAGUCCUAUGGUGACCUUGUAUCAUAAUGACUUCAGACAUCAGAGUGCUGAGUCAAGUGGUGACAUAGAUGAGAUAGGAUUUUGUGCUGUGUCAUGCCCAGUCAGUGUGUGAAAAAACAUGUGAAAGUGUGUGAUAAGAGAAAUGAGAGUUUAAAAGAUUAAGGUCACGCAUCUUGCUUCGAUUCAGCCAGAAGACCAUUAGUGAGGUGAAGAUGUUGGGCGGUUACGUAUUACUCGCAGUCAGCAUUCCAAUUCAUCCCAAAGGUGUACGAUGGGGUUGAGGUCAGGGCUCUGUGUAGGCCAGUCAAGUUCUUCCACACCGAUCUCGACACACCAUGUCUGUAUGGACCUCACUUUAUGCAAGGGAGCAUUGUCAUGCUGAAACAGGAAAGGGCCUUCCGCAAACUGUUGCCACAAAGUUGGAAGCACAGAAUUGUCUAGAAUGUCAUUGUAUACUGUAGCAUUAAGAUUUCCUUUCACUGGAACGAAGGUGCCUAGCCCUAACUGUGAAAAACAGCCCAAUACCAUUAUCCCUCCUCCACCAAAAUGUAUAGUUUGCACUAUGCAUUGGGGCAGGUAGCAUUCUCCUGGCAUCCUCCAAACCCAGAUUUGUAUGUCGGACUGCCCGAUGGUGAAGCAUGAUUUAUCACACCAGAGAAGUCCAAUUGUGGCGAGCUUUACAACACUCCAGCCGGGAGCUGGCUAGAAACUGCAACUCAGUUCAGGGCAGGGUACUGGGCAGAGGCCGGCUAGUGGUGACUAUUUAAUCGUCUGAUGGCAUUGAGAUAGAAGCUGUUUUUCAGUCUCUCAGUCCCAGCUUUGAUGGACCUGUCCUAACCCCCUCAUGGGUCCGUGGCUCGGGUGGCUGAGGUCCUUGAUGAUCUUCUUGGCCUUCCUGUGACACCGGGAGCUGUAGAUGUCCCGGAGGGCAGGCAGUGUGCCCCCGGUAACACAUUGAGAUGACCGCACCACCCUCUGAAAAGCUCUGCGGUUGCGGACGGUGCAAUUGUCAUACCAGGCGGUGAUACAGCCCGACAGGAUGCUCUCAAUGGUGCAUCUGUAGAAGUUUGUGAGGGUCUUAAGGGCCAAGCCUAACCCCCCCCCCCCCACCCCAUUAUCAUAAGUACCACAUACACCCCUUCCCUCACAACCUCUCUCCUCAAUCACUCUGCCCCACCCUAUCCCUCCUAAUAUAAACACCUCCCUGCAGACACAACAGUGGUUCAGGUCGAGAGGACACUCUAUAUUGACACUAAACCACUGUUAAUGGUUAGCCAGAGAGACCCAGGGCAGGUACUAUAUGACGUUUUAGUGGUUGAUCAGGACAAGGUGUUAUAUAACACAUCAUUUGACUACUAGGUUACCUAUACAAAGAGAUAUACAGACUCAGUCUGUGGAAAAUGGAAAGUUUCAUAGUAGGUCUUUGUGUUUACCUCCUU